ACGAUAGUCGUUCAUUUGAAGCAAAGGAAGUGACGUAAUUGCGAAUUUCAUACCAUUUCUUAAGUUUACAUGUUUAAAACAAAAAUUACAUUGAAUUAAAAUUACUUUCAAUUAAUUAGAUGACCUAAAACAUACCUUACUAAAUUUCAAAUAAAGCAAGAACCAAUACUUCGCGUCUAGAACAUUACAGAAGGAACGAUCUUCACAGGAUGUGGUUUUUUUUCUCCUGUAAUAGAAACACUUCCUGGCAACUUCCAGAACACAAAGGACAGGCUUUAUAUACGGGCUCGGCGGCAAUUCUGUAGGUUGUUCAUUGGUGACUACGUGAGGCGUGUAUUUCUUAGCGGUUCUUGGAUCGCGCGUUUCUUUUACUUGGGUGCGAGAAAUUAUCUACCGGGAAUAAUAUUGCCGGAGACCUUCAAGAUGCCGGAAGAGAUGCAGGUGGUCGAUGCUGGCGACAAGGGGGAUGCCGGCGAGGUCGAAACCUUCGCCUUCCAGGCGGAGAUCGCCCAGCUCAUGUCCCUCAUCAUCAACACCUUCUACUCCAACAAGGAGAUCUUCCUCAGGGAGCUCAUCUCUAACUCGUCUGAUGCACUAGACAAGAUCCGAUACGAGUCUUUGACUGACCCUUCGAAACUGGAUUCUGGGAAGGAUCUGCAGAUCAAAAUCAUCCCCAACAAGAAUGACAGGACUCUGACCAUCAUUGAUACUGGCAUUGGCAUGACCAAGGCUGACUUGGUGAACAACCUGGGAACCAUCGCCAAGUCUGGGACCAAGGCCUUCAUGGAAGCUCUUCAGGCAGGUGCGGACAUCUCGAUGAUUGGUCAGUUUGGCGUGGGCUUCUACUCUGCCUACCUGGUGGCUGACAAGGUGACGGUCUCCUCGAAGCACAAUGACGACGAGCAGUACCUGUGGGAGUCGUCGGCCGGCGGUUCCUUCACGAUCCGCCCCGACCCCGGCGAGCCCCUGGGCCGCGGCACCAAGAUCGUCCUGCACAUCAAGGAGGACCAGGCGGAGUUCCUGGAGGAGCGCAAGGUCAAGGAGAUCGUGAAGAAGCACUCGCAGUUCAUUGGCUAUCCCAUCAAGCUGCAGGUGGAGAAGGAGCGCGACAAGGAGCUGAGCGACGACGAGGCGGAGGAGGAGAAGAAGGAAGAGGAGAAAGAAGGGGAAGAAAAGAAGAGUGAAGAUGAGCCAAAGAUUGAAGAUGUUGGAGAGGAUGAGGAAGAUGAAGAUGGUAAAGACAAGAAGAAGAAAAAGAAGACGGUAAAAGAAAAAUACACGGAGGAUGAAGAGCUAAACAAGACGAAGCCGAUCUGGACUCGAAACCCGGAUGAUAUAAGCCAGGAAGAGUAUGGAGAGUUCUACAAGUCUCUGACCAAUGACUGGGAGGAUCAUCUGGCUGUGAAACACUUCUCUGUUGAAGGCCAAUUGGAGUUCAGGGCAUUGCUGUUCGUACCUCGUAGGGCACCGUUUGACCUCUUUGAAAACAAGAAGCGCAAGAACAACAUUAAAUUGUAUGUGAGGAGGGUGUUCAUCAUGGACAAUUGCGAUGACCUGAUUCCUGAGUACCUCAACUUCAUCAAGGGCGUGGUGGACAGUGAAGAUCUGCCCCUGAACAUUUCCAGGGAGAUGUUGCAGCAGAACAAGAUCCUGAAGGUGAUCAGGAAGAACUUGGUGAAGAAGUGCUUGGAGCUGUUCGAGGAGCUGGCGGAAGAUGCCGACAACUACAAGAAGUACUACGAGCAGUUCAGCAAGAACCUGAAGCUGGGCAUCCACGAGGACAGCACCAACAGGAAGAAGCUGUCGGAGCUGCUGCGCUACCACACGUCUGCCUCCGGGGACGAGGCCUGCUCGCUCAAGGACUACGUGGCCCGCAUGAAGGAGAACCAGAAGGUGAUCUACUACAUCACCGGGGAGAGCAAGGAGCAGGUUGCCAACUCCUCAUUCGUGGAGCGGGUGAAGAAGCGCGGCUUCGAGGUGGUGUACAUGACGGAGCCGAUAGACGAGUACGUGGUGCAGCAGCUGAAGGAGUUCGACGGCAAGCAGCUGGUGUCGGUCACCAAGGAGGGCCUGGAGCUGCCGGAGACGGACGACGAGAAGAAGAAGCGGGAGGAGGACAAGGCGAGGUUCGAGGGCCUGUGCAAGGUGAUGAAGGACAUCUUGGACAAGAAGGUGGAGAAGGUGGUGCUGAGCAACCGGCUGGUGGAGUCCCCGUGCUGCAUCGUGACGUCGCAGUACGGGUGGACGGCCAACAUGGAGCGCAUCAUGAAGGCCCAGGCGUUGCGGGACACGUCCACGAUGGGCUACAUGGCCGCCAAGAAGCACCUGGAGAUCAACCCGGACCACCCGGUGAUGGAGACGCUGAGGCAGAAGGCGGAGGCGGACAAGCACGACAAGGCGGUGAAGGACCUGGUGAUGCUGCUGUUCGAGACGGCGCUGCUGUCGUCGGGCUUCGCGCUGGAGGAGCCCCAGGUGCACGCGGCCAGGAUCUACCGCAUGAUCAAGCUGGGGCUGGGCAUCGACGAGGAGGACCCCCAGGUGGCGGAGGAGGAGAAGGCUGCGGACGUGGAGAUGCCCCCCCUGGAGGCGGAGGGCGAGGACGCCUCUCGCAUGGAGGAGGUGGACUGAGCGACCUCUGACCCAGUUCUCUGAUCGAAGACUGAAGUCCAUGUGGGGAUGCUGUGCAUCUCUGUUCCUGUCUCUUGCGUUAUUUAUUGUCGUGAAGGCAAUGUUGUGUAGUUUGUAUAGUGUUGUGAACACGUUUUAAAUUUUUUACGUUUUUAAUAAUUUAAAGGCUAGUAACAUUGUUUGAGCAUUCCUUCACAGUUAUAAUCGUUUGCAUAUCUCUGUACUAGAAGUAUUAAGAACAUGUGAAUCUAACUUAUUAGGUAAGUCUAGUCUGCUGUGAGCUGUCUAAAUUGUUCUGUUUUUCGAAUAAAUAAAUUAAUGAAUGUCUAAUCACAAA